GCGCCCCGGAGCGGGCUCAAAAAAAAGGAAAAGCAGGGGCUCAAGCGCGAGCUCUUUCUCCAACGGUUAGAGGCGUCCCGCUCUCCAUACUCCAAAUCGCACAACAGACGGCUCAAGCGCCUCGAGCGGGAGCAGAUCGCGGGCGGGCUCGAUGGCCUCAGGAGCGCGCUAGCGGCCGUCGAACAAGACGUCGCCCGUGCGGAUCCCCGAGCACAAGCGCCUGUCGCCCCGGGUGCGAAAAAUACGGAUGCCGAGCCCGACCGCCCCCAGCCGCGCGCCCGCCCAGGGCAGAUCGGCGAGGGCAAGGGCGCCCCGCUCAAACGCACCCAGCGAAAACGAGCCCUGCAAGCCGAGCGACUCCGCCAGCCCCUGAUCCUGUCGAAUCCCGACUUUGCGGCCAACCCGUUUGAGACCAUCCGCACGCACGCUCGUAAUACGCUC